AUGCUUACCAAAGACUGUCUUCCUCUGCUUGACCUGGAUGAAAUGCAGAACCCUGCGACAAUCUUAAGUCUAAGACUUGCUCUUCUCAAGUACGGCGCUUUUCGCUUACGGGCCCCCGAACUCAAUAAGGCCUUCACUCAAGGGAUAUUGUACAAUGCCCAGAGCUUCUUCCAGCUUCCAAAGGAAAUAAAACACUCAACCGGAGGUUACUCGGCAUUUGGCACAGAGCUUAUUCGUGGCGAGACCCCAAUACCUAAGGAAAGUAUAUAUUUUAGGAAGAAGGAGCAGGAAAAUCGGAUCCAUCCUCCUUCAGAUCUUUACCUAAACAUCGGAGCAUUGCACGAUCUGAAGGAGUGGAGGCAUUUGCGUGGCGAGCUUUUCCGUGUCUUAUCUCGUGACAUCCUCAACUCCGAUAUACCUUUGACCGGAAAUCCCAUACUUGACCAUGAGUCAAUAGGUCUACACUACUAUGACCCUCAAAAAAUGUCUUUUGAGACCGAUUACAUUCCUCCGCAUAUGGAUGCCGGCACCCUAACGAUAUUAGUUCGGUAUCCUGGAGAUCACGAUGGCUUAGGAGUGGCCGACCUCGAUUCUACCGAUAAGCGUGGCAGCGAAGGCGUGGGACAGGAGGCGUCCUUUUUGCGUAUUCCUGCCGCUCUGGAUGAAGUUGUUGUAUUUGCUGGAACUCGAAUGCAGCGUCUCUUUGGAAGAAGUAAAGUCCGCGCCUGCGUGCAUCGGGUUUGCGGUCCUUCCCAAGCAGAUAAACACCCGAGACUAAGUCUCGGAAUUUUCUGUGCUGCUCCUGCAGUUUGA